CAGCUUACCUCAAGGUCACUCAGGCGGCUUCACAUCGCUUUAAGAAGUUUAAUUUAUUUCUGUAUAAAGAACAAAUCUAUCGCUUCUACUCUUUGUGCCCAGCCAUUCUCCACAAUAAUUAUUACUCUGAAUCAUCACUGAAUCAAAGCGAGCUCCUCUUGAUAACAAUCAUAAACAACUGCUUCAGUCCUACUUGUCCAUGUGGCCACUUGACGACAUGUUGAGGACAGCUGCAAAUGCUGCUGCAGUAGGAAUUUCAUGAUCACUCCAAUGAUAAAAGCAAUAAACAAUCGAUAAAGGGAGAUAUGUAGAUUUAAGCGAUGAAAUUGACUAUAUUUCUUCGGGUAAAAGACAAAUUUCCUUGUAUCUCAAAUAUCACAUCCAAAAUGGUUCACAACAAGGUCACAUGUUUGUUGCAUGUUUUCCGCUCUUACUUUUGAUUGGCGCAUAGAACAAUGCCUCAACUUGGCCGCGAGGUAAAAGAUAGAAGAAUGGGGAAAAUAAAGCUAAAAAAAGUUUUUUUUGUCACGUUUCGCGCUGUUUAUUUUGGCAAUUGUUGAAUUUCAGCCAAUCAGAACCCUUGAUUUGAUUGAAAUUAAUGAUUAAAAGUUAACACCUUUUAAUUGAUAUUUUUGCCAUCUGCCUGCCUAGUUUUUACGCUGACCAUUACUUAAAGCUCAAGUUUAAUGAAAGACACCCUGUUCAAGAUGCUAAAUAUGGAAAUUUUUAUUUUAUAACUUGUUUAAGACGUAAGACUCCCGUAAACCCUACCCUGUUCAGCAGAACAUGCCUGUUUAGGUUAACCCUUUAAACCCUAAGAUCAAAAUUUGAAUUCUCAUUUCUUGCCCCCUUUCAUUCCUUACAGAAGUAGUGGGAAGAAGUUGAUAAAAUAUCAAGCAAAUUCAUCUUGUGUGAUUAUGUCCUUAAUUCUCAUGACCCACGCUGUUUUACAAAGCAUUGAUAGUACAAGAAGACAUUUAAUGCUGGUCACUCUUAGGGCUUAAAGGGUUAAAUAAAUGAAGGAUGUGUACCCUCCCACCGGGGAAUGUACACCUCAGUAUCCUUCAGACAGUGGAGUCCAGGACUCCCCUUCUUCUGUCAGCAUACCCAUGGGAUAAAUACUCUUUUGAAAAAAGCAUUAAUUAUAAGUUUAAGCUCUUAACUGGGGUUAAUGAGCCCUAAGGGAGUACUAGUUCUUUCCUCACUUGUCCCUAGUGUACUCUACUCUCCUCACCCUUGCAAUCAAGGCUUGUGCAGUAGUCAAUAGCUCAUUGUUUAGCUCAAAGUACUUUUACUUUUACAAUGUUAAAGUGGUUGCCAAAGCUUCCAGUAAUUUUCCACAAUAUCACAUGAUUCUCACCUGUCUCGCCUUAUGUAAACCCCUCAUACCAUUAGUCGGCCACAUUUCAGCUUUGUUCUUCAAGCAAGUGCCUACUCGCACUCUUUAAGAUUGUAUUUUUCCCACCCUCCCACCCAACUGGAAGCUUUGUCUUCUCUAAUCGUUGUGGCUGUGCUUUGUCCUGCAAAUGUUUACGUUAUACUAUUUCAUUGUAUUCUAUUUUAGUUUGGUUAUUUUAUCUCAUAGUUCAUCACAUUAUACUACUCGUUACGUUGCCACUUUUUUUUUAUAUAUACAUAUAUAAAAAAUAGCUCGAUAUCAAAACUACAUCCUAGGUGUUUCUACAUUUUACAAUUCUUACGCUUACUUAUUGGUGACAGGGAAGUGCACCCCUUGGCUGCACUUUACCCCACAGUAUGUGGGAUAGCCCUCCUUGGCAAUAGGUCCGGAUUGCUUACUCCAAGAUGGCACAACUCACCAUCUGACCUAUUCUCCUUCCAGAAGGGCACCCCUCUUCUGGUCCACCCUAUGUUACACUCUAAUGUAGGGUUGCCUCUAGAGACACCGCUACUCUAGGGGGUCCUCCUAGGGACACCGCUACCCUAGGGGGCAUAGGCUCUGCCUUCCCUGCCACCCAAAUUUUGCCAAAUUAUAGUGAUUAAUACAAUAUAAUUAAAUAACAAAAUAAAUAGAUAAAUGGAGAAUCUGUGUUCUUCCUUCUUGAGCUUCACAAGCCUUGCAGGGGUGGGGGGGGAGGAGUAAUCAUGGUUACCCUCAGUUGUCCAUGCCCCUCUCCUCGGCAUGCGAAUAUUUUCUGCGGCUCUCCCCUUUCUGUGUCACUGACCCUUAGGGACUCAUUAAUGCUAAUAAAGUUGGGAUAGAAAGAGGUUAUCCUUUUGAAAAAUACACUUUUAAAAAGAAUUAGAUUGUUUAUAUGUAGUUGUAAUGCAAAUUAAGUUACCCUGAAAGUGCCAGCCCAAUUAUCACUAAUUUAUUUAUAUCUUGCCUUGUGGCUUUUUAUUUUGGUGGUUUUUGACAUUUUUGUGGUUUCCAUCAAGAUCCACAUACAGCUGUAAGAAAUAAACCUGACCACCCCCCACUCCCCCCAGUAAACACAUUGCUGCAAAAAAUAUGACCUCCUCAACUGUAAUAACUUAGAAAGAUAAUGUAGUAUAUUUUAUUUUUUUGUAUGUGAAAUCUUUUCUCUGGUUAAACCUGGCCCCAGUUGUACAAAAGGUAAAUAACUCUAUCCACUGGAUAAAUCUCUAUCUGCUGGUUAGAGAUUCAUCCAUAGGACUAUCCAGGGUUUGAACAACCCGGGCCAGGACUAUAAUAUUAUUUUAAACCUAGUUUGGUUCAGUAUUUUCUUUCUUUUGUAGCCCAUGUUAAUCAUACAAAUGUACAGUAGUGUAUAGGUGACAAUGAAAUUCUGGUUUACCCUGAGAACAGAUUUUACCUACAACAUUUUCAAAUGUUGGUUUACCUGUAUUUUGACUCAAAUAUAAAAUAAUGCAGUUGUUAAGAUUCAGAAGGGGAAAGACCAGACUGGACCAAUCCCAAUAAUAAGUUGUUGCAAGUUACAAAAAAUCACCAAUCCACAAAUUAUAUAAAUUAAACUCUCACAAAAGGAAAGUGUCAAAUAUGGUACAGUAUGUGGUCCUUGGUCCGCGUCUAAAAGUCAUUAACUUGAAUAUCUUACCUGAAUCAAAAUGUAACGAGCUGAAAUACUCCCUGAAGAUAGCUUUUAUUUUCUUCUCGAUAAUCCUGAAGUUUCAAGUUCCAGGCAUAAAUAUUUUGUUUGGAGUUGGAAAAAAAAGUGACCGUUUUCGAUGGUCCUUGGUCCACGUCUCAGAUAAGCAGCACAAAAAAAACGUAAAAAUGUUAUAGUUUCCACACGAAAACGUGAUUUUCACAAUAUUUCAUGUAUUUUUUUCUUUUCUUGAUGCAAUAAAGCUAAAGUUUUUUUCAGAAGAUGUUGUGAGUAUAAAAUAAUCUGCUCUUCUUUCAAAGACUUCAGACAACAGUCUCCUCGAGUCUCCCACACGAACGUUGACGAGCGGCUUUCAGCGCGGUCGAAAAUAAUUACCAAAAACUCUGUAUAUAUUCGAGGUAUGAAAAAAAGAGAACUAGUAGACAUGUAUAGGGACGAUUUUCAAAACAUUCUUCGAAAACAAAGGCUGUCGUUUUUUAUUUUGCGAAGUUUUAUUCAACCAAGGUCAUAGGUCGUGGACCAAGGACAGCUAAGCGAAAUUUGGUGAUAUUUUUCAAGAGUCGAUAAAACAAAAAAUUCACAGUCUAAAGCAAUAUGCUUCCAACAGCAGAAAUAAGUUGAUCUGAAAACCUGUUCUGCAAAAAGGCACAUCUUCCUGUUGUGUUUUAUUUAUUCGCAGGCUAAGUAAUCAUGACCAUGUAAUUCACGGUGCCGCAAAAAUCCAAACUUCAAGAAAGGCAAAUUAACCUACCUGUCAACAAACUCUAAUUUUGCAUCUUCACCCACAGCAAGAAAGCCGAAACUCGAGAAUGCUAAUCAGUAAAUCAUGAUAUCUUUCAUUAUUCAACGUAUUCUUUUUCUCAACGAAAUAUUUUAUCAUUUUUUGAAAAGUCGCGGCCCAAGGGCAUCGCGGACUUGCGCGGACCAACAACCACAUACUGUACUUGACAAUGUUGCACCUUUCUUAAGUUAGUGUACUUUCUUUCUCUGUUCCUGUUAUAGUGUUCAUGUCUGCAGUGUUAAAGGAUUUUUAGGAUUCCUGUGAUGUCCAGGCUGAUGGAGGUAAGAAAAAUUCAUUACCGUAUUUACCCGUGGAUAGGCUGCACUUUUUUCCCGAAAAAAUGGGACCGAAAUUAGCGUUGUGGCCUAUACGCGGGUACAAGCGUUUUGACACCUCAUUAAUAUGCAAGAGAUCUCACGGUCAUACACUAAAUUGGCGUUUUAAUGUUUGCUUUCAAUUGUUACUAACUUACAACACAUACAACUAAACACUAAGUCCAUAUCUUCGAAGAAUCUUGAUUUUGUCUUUAAGUAUUCUGUAUAUAAAAUGUUAGUGAAAAGGCGUUUCAGUUUAUAGUUUGAAUAUUGUCACGUUCAUGUAGAAAUUAUUGCCAAAAAUAAAUUUGACUUGAAACGCAUUAGCUGUUGUUGAUUUCAAACUUCGGUUUAUUUAUCCUGGUACUCGACCUCACUAUUUUUUUUUCCCAUGAAAACCAUUGAAAGUUUGGGGUGCGGCCUAUACGCGGCUGUGGCCUAUCUGCGGGUAAAUACGGUAUUUGUUAGCUAUAGUGUUGGUCAAGUGAAGGUUGAUUUUUCUUGGUAUCUUACAAGUUGUAAGGUUUGAGGUGUGAGAAUUAGUUCUAGUUGUGGUUUUGAAUGUUGGUGGAGGGAUGUUAAUCAUGUCAGACUCUGGAUCAGGGAAGGUCUGAUUGGAACCCCCUCUUUUCCUUCUCUUGAUUUUUAACUCAAAAAAAAAACCUGCAAAGCCGGUUUUGCCAGGUUCUCGUUAUGCGUAGGGGAAGAAACUUUUCCUUGGGGGUGGGGGGGGGGGGAAUUUAAAGGAAGUUUGAUUGUGCUGCUGAAACCCUUCGAUUCUGAUCCUGUUUAAAGGCAAAAUGCAUUCAAAUAUUAUUGCAACCCUGUUUAAGACACUAAAUAGUGAAAUUGAAUACUUUUUUGAUCCCAUAAACCUCUACCAUGCAGAGCACACAUUCCGAGUGAGCCAAACAUGAAAGCCCCCACCACCACCAACCCCCCGCUGAGUGCGUCUGUUCAUCUGUAAACUCCUAAGGAAACCAUUUUCCAUAUAUAGAGGCGAAGAAACAAUGCAAUUGUUAAUGACGACAUAUUGUCAAGACAUCAUGACUAAUUUCAGUUGCGUGCUUGAUAGAUCCACUGUUUACCCGUUUUUCCUGGUAGUUUUUUGAAAUAUGCCCAAACUUACUUGUCAACCAUUUAAAGUUUUCAUGCUAAAAAUAAAUUUCACUACAAUAUCAUUCAAAAGCAAUACUAAAUUCUCAGUGAUUCUAAUAGUGCGUAAUUAAACAUUCCUUUUGUAUGUUACCAAGCACAAAUUGUAAGACAGAUAAUACAUAUAACUAUAACUGUAUUCUGAGUAUUUUUUCUGUCUUUUUGCGUUUUUUCCUUUUAUGCAACAGGCAUGAUCUGUAACAUCUAAAAGAUGAAACGUGAUCUAAGACGUCAAAAAAUUAUUUCAUAGAAAACGAUCUCAAAAGAUCGUGUGCAUUAUCAGAAAUUACAGGAAACUAUGUAGUUUUUUCAAAAAUAUAAUUGUUUCUUCUAAGGGAUAACAUAUACGUAAGCAAAAAAAUGGUAAAGAAAAAAUUUGAAUAGUAUUUCUUUAUGAGCUUUAAUUCUAAAUAUCUGGUGAAAAGGUACCAUUAUCAAACUUACUAAAAAUCUAAUAUAGAUUUUACUGAGAACAUAUUUUUUUUCCGAGUUUUGUGGCUCACAGCCACUUUGAUCUUAGUCAAGAAACUAUUGCUCACUUUACCUCUCCACUCAAAGGUCUUUAAUUUUGUGGUUUUUUUUUUUUAACUGGCUACAUACCAUUGGGGACAAUGCUGUGGGGGCAAUAGACCUUUUUACUGAUACAGCGGCCAUAUUGAAUUAAUUUGAUUUAAGGAGUAUUAUAGGAUGCCCAUGAGCACAUUUCGUUUGUAUUUUUGAGCACUUUUCGGGACAUUUUUUCGUAAAGCUUUCUUAGAAUAAGAUUGUAAUGGGAAAAAAUAUCCUUGUGCCGUGUUUGGAUGUAAUAAUGAUUGCCUUUUUCCCGAGAAAUAUACAGUGAAAGACCAUAUUUCUAAUACCAUACAUGCCAACCCUCCCGGAUUAUCCAGGAGUCUCCCGGCUACGACACCAAUCUCCCGGUCUCCUGUACGGGUCGCUUUAUCUCCCGGAUAAAAUAAUCUUUUGAGCUUUUCUGUGCCUUAGUUUGAAGUUUAGCCCAUUUUUAGUUCAAAACUUGAAUUUUUCUUGUUUGUAAUACUGUUUCUGAGGCAUUUUACACCUAUUUAGUCACUGACAAAGAUUAUAUCUGGCAUCAAAACGAUGAUCGCGAAUUUUGAUGGUAUCUACUUCAUGUAAGACUUGAUAUAAUGUCCUAAAUUUCCGGGGGUAGUGGGCUAAUGGAAAACAGAGAGUCUCCAGAUUUUAAAUCUCCCGAGGUUGGCAUCUCUGUAAUACUAAACUAGAAAAAAGCGAUCAUUAUUACAUCCAAACACGGCACAAGGAUCUUUUUUCCCAUUACAAUCUUACUCUAAGAAAACCUUAAAAAAAAUGUCCUGAAAAGCGCUCGAAAAAACAAACGAAAUGUGGUCAUGCCCCCUGGGAAUCCUAUAAUACUCCUUUAUAUUCAAUAUGGCCGCCGUAUUGGUAAAAAGGUCUAUUCACUGUACUCAAACCAAGAUAAGCUCUUGCUGUGUGGGCUUCAAUGGCUUGUUUCAACCCUUUAAGCACCAGUAUCCACAUACAAAAUAAUUCUCCAGACUGGCCCCAGUUGUUCAAACGUUGGGUAGCGCUAUCCACCGGAUAAAUCACUAUCCAGUGGGUAAGUAUUACGGAAAUCAAUAAUACACUAUCCGCUGGAUAGUGAUUUAUCCGGUGGACAGCGCUAUCCAAUGUUUGAACAACCGGGGCCUGAUCUCUAUGCAUUCCUUUAUAAAAGAAGUACAUGUAGUUAAUAAUAAUAAUAAUAAUAAUAAUAAUAAUAAUAAUAAUAAUAAUAAUGGUUUAUUAACAGAUCCACUGGGUGGCUCUUCCCUGUUAAAUUAGUAUAGGUAAUAGCACUAUUUGUAGUGAUAUUUGGCAUAAAUACCACGAGUGAUAUUUCGAAAUUGUUAUACGUAAUUUCACGAGCCGUCAGGCGAGUGAAAUUUGACACAAUUUUGAAAUAUCAGGAGUGGUAUUUAUGCCAAAUAUCACGUACAAAUCAUGCUAUUAUUUGUUUAUACUAGUACCCCCAAAAGGUUUGUAAUUUUCACAUGUAGGUAUUUCAAAUUAAGCUGAAAUACCACUGCUCUAAGCCAAUCAAAUUGCAGAAAUUUGUCAUGUAGUAGUAUAACAUCAAUAUUACAUCUUUAGCCCUUGAAAAAUGUAAAAAAAAAAAGGCAAUAUUCUUUAAAUUAUUCUGGUACAAGGUUUUUGUCCACCGAAAAUUAAAACUACUUAAUUUCCUGGUGGAUUUUGUCAUAAACUGUUCCUCCCAUACAAAACCCUUUUAUUUUUUGGCAGCCGUUGCAUUCGCUUCUAUUACGCCUGAACACUUUUUCCAGAAAAUAUUGUUUUUGUUUAGAAAAAGUUGAUCACAUGACCAACGGUUGCUACACUGGUGUAUUCAAAACUUUCAACAGAACAGUAGCUAUUUCAUAUAAAUAUGACAAUAUUUAAUAUUAAGGACAAGAUUAUUAAGGUUACGUUUAAUAAUUCAUGAUCAAAAUUUGUCAACUACAUGUAUGUUUAAUAUUGGUUUUCUUUAUUAUAAAGCAGUUACAGAAUAAAUUAGAAUAAAAACUGUACUGUCUAUUGCAAAGUGUAUGCAGACUCGGCUUUAAGAGCUCCUACAUAGUGGAUAAUAUGGAAAGUUUUUAAAUCUCCCCUGGAUGGAGGCAUUUGAUCACCUGAAUGGACCCUAGUGUGGGGCAUUUGAACGGCAUUUUGGUUUGGGUAGGGGGGAUUUGAACAAUAAUUUUCCAAAAAGUCAAAUACCCGGGGUGUUGCCCGGGGGGGAUGUUGAAACUUCGAUUUGACUGAUAUAUAAACUGAAGCCACCGCAAAAUGGGAACUUGGGGAAAGCCCAUAAUUGGUUGAUCUCGAAACAUAAUACUCAUAUCAUGACUCACAUGACCUUUAUUUUUGUAAAGGUGUUUUGAAUACGAACGAAUACAGUAAAUGUGAGGGGAAAAACAGUAUUAAUAUGAAUGAACCAAAGGGUUUUAAUUAAUAUAAGGGUAGGGUGGGUUAUUGUGCAUUAAGAUGAAUCGCUUGAAAAGAGAGAGUUCAUGCACAUGUAAUCGGAAGUAAACAAGGGUACAUAGUACGUCGUUCAGUCUUUUUAUUAUCCGAGGACUGUGAAUAGUGUUUCAAUAUUGUUUAGCUGGCACAAAAACUUCGGAGGAGUUGUAAAGUGGCAUAACGUUCUGCCAUGAAGAGAAGUUAGUCAUGGUGACACAAAAGGCGAACUUGAGCGAAAUAUUAACUCAAAUUAGUAUCACGUUAAAAAAAUAUGUUUUUGACCGUUUCAUCUAUUUACAUUAGGUCACAAAAUGCAAAGGAUUUUAUUCUUUUAAGUUAGAGAAGAAUACCAAGAGAAAAAUCUUAAAGCUGAGUAUCUUUUAUCUUGUGGAAAAAAUAAUGCGUUUAACAUGAAAACGGUUUUCAAGUACACUGUAGACUGCAAAUUAGGAUCGUCUCAGUGUAGUCAAUGAGGCCCAUGGUUCAGGAUCAAUGGGCAGUUGGCUGUCUGUUUUAGUAAACUUCUCGAUUUCAUACAAUACAAUAUUUCUGUCUAGUCGUUCAAUAGCAGAAGCAGCCCACUGAAUUCACCUUUUGGCGAGUCUAGUUAUAGAUUGAUUUAAGUGAGAAAGUGCAGUUUGUGAAAGCUUCCAUAAUUGUGAUAAGUGUACACUUAAAAAUAUCAACCCUCUUUAAUUUGUGGUCAGUCACUUUUUGAUUGCUAAGGGAACUGUCCCCUGAAUGCAAAGAUUAUGUGGAAGUUUUUCUUGGACCAAAUUUUGUGCCCCCUGAAUAGUGGUGUCCUUUGAAUAGAGGUGUCCCAAAGGAGAGUUUGCACCGUAUUAUGAAGGCGGUUCAAUCAAUCACAACUAUAAAGUAAAUAUUCACGGCCCGCACUUCCUAACUGUUUGUUACUGCUAGUAUUUCUGCAAAUAUCAACAAUUGAAAAAAAAAAAUUGUCUGUGUGAUAAUAGUAGACUCGUGCCUGUUAAGGCCCCCAGUCAUGCCAGACUGAGGCAACUGGUCACCUGACCUGUGAAAGAUGGCGAAAGUCUCUCUCUGUCUGACUUAUUGAAGAACAAAUUUGAGGGCUGGUUGGUGAUACAUGAAUCUUCAGGGGUUGGCAGGGCUGCAGACUCUGGAUCAGGGGAGGACUGAUUUGAGCCCUGAACUCUGUGCUGUCACUUUAUUUUCUUAGACAGGAAACUAUUUUUUGUAUUACCUUUCCCCUCCUAGUUCUUUGUUUUUGUGUUUACUGGCGGCAUAUUACAGGGAGCAAAGCUGUGGUGGACUAUAUAUAGCAUCCUAUCCUGGUGGGGGUGAGGGGUGGUGGAGGUUAAGACUCCCGUUGCGCUUCAUGCUCGUAGAAUGAAGAUAAUCUCUUGCUGUGUGAGGGCAUUGGCUUGUUUUAAGUAUCUCUAUAUUGUAAUGGAAUGCUGAGUGAAAAACUGAUAAGUUUGCUUUUCCCUCUCAAGAAAUUAAAGGGACAGUUUUCAGUGUAGUACUCAGGCAAAGCAGUUAAAAAAUAAUAUUGUUGUUGAGGCAAUCCAAGGAAAGAACCUCAUCUUUGACAUUUUUACUUCUAGGUCAUCUCCCCUCUAAUCAAAACAGUGGGAUUUCCAUUACAUACAUGUACAGUGUAUAAUGAACAUUGUUGCCCGUAGCCAUUAAAAGAGCAAUUGAACUUUUUAUCAGUAUUGUACUGUUUAUGUUCAAGAAAAUUCUGUUAUUAUAUAAAAUGCUAAUUUUGGUUAGAUAUUAUUGACCCUGUCGCCACUAGGGAGAUAUACAUGUACAUGUAAUACCACAGGUAGCCCAAGAUUUGGAAUAUGAGUAUCUGUUUCACAUUGUGUCAGUUAUACACAGUCGAAGUGUAAUGAUUAGUAUUGGGAAAAGGGACCCUAGUAUAGUUAUGAAUUUGUAUGAAUAAUUAAGCUUACAUGUACCUCGCUUUAGCUAAAUGUUUCUUUACCUCCUAUGUGGUGUUUUAAUAUUGUAAAUAUUCACGCUAUGUGUUCAUGCUUCAUAUGCACGUACUGCUUUAUACAUUAUAUAUUCAGUUUCGGUUGUACCUUUUGGGGCCUUGGUUAUAAAUUAAAAUGUCUGUUUAGUACUCGCUUGUACGAGAGGUUCGUUGUGUUAUCACAUGUGGUUUACUAACAGCAGUCAUUGGAAAGACAAAUCUUGAGUUUCGCAUCUUAAUUACAGUUUCUAUUAGCUUACCAGCAGCAAAAAGCCUUUGUUAUAUGUUUAAAACCCUUUGGUAAAUUUGCUACUCCUUUUUCAGGAUUUGCGAUCCAUUCCUAGCACAGCCUCUACAUCACAGGAAGACCAUGAAAGCAAUUCAGGAUCCACUUCCUCCAGGAAAUUGAGAGUGACUCUUUUAAGCAGUGAAUGGAGAUCAACAAAAGGAGGCUUGUCAACCAUCAACCGAGAGCUGGCCAUUCAGUUGGCAAAACAUCCCAGCGUAGAGGUCAGUGUUUAUCUUCCUCAGUGCAGUGAAGAGGAUAAACGAGCCGCUGCAAGUCACAGUGUUACUCUCAUUGAAGCAGAAGAAAUGCCAGGUCUAGAACCCAAUCUCUGGUUGUCUUGUCUGCCAAAAGACCAUGCUGUGGACUGUGUGAUAGGACAUGGGGCUGUUCUUGGUCGGCAAGUGCAGAUUCUUAAACGAAUUCAUCCUUGCAAGUGGAUUCAGGUCGUUCAUACAGCUCCUGAAGAGCUUGGUAUGUACAAGUCCUACGGAGAUGCCAUUUCAAGAGGCGAGAAAAAGCACCAGGCUGAGGUAAAACUCUGUGAAAAAGCUGAUCAAGUUGUAGCCGUUGGUCCUAAGCUGGCUGAAGCUUUCUCUGGUUAUCUCCGUGCCUGUGGAAAGGAUCAAGAUGUUCUUAAUCUUACCCCAGGCAUCUUCUCUGAAUUUGCUGAUGUAAAGCAAGCCACUGAAGAAAGAAAAACAUUCAGUGUUUUAGUGUUUGGACGUGGUGACAAUGAAGACUUUCAGUUGAAAGGAUAUGACAUCGCUGCCUGCGCUAUUGCAGAGUUGAAAGACGAGCCACAACCCUAUAAGCUGUUGUUUGUUGGGGCUCCAUGUGGAAAAGAGGAGAAAGUGAAAGAUUUGUUACUCCAGCAUGGCAUUGAUCGCAGUCAACUAACUGUGCGUUGUUUUAAUGAAAGCAGAGAGCAGUUAGCCCGUUUGUUUUGUGAAGUAGAUCUUGCUAUAAUGCCGUCACGAACUGAGGGCUUUGGUCUAGCUGCCCUUGAGGCUUUAUCUGCUGGUCUGCCUGUGCUGGUCAGUGGUAACUCUGGUCUUGGCGAGACCUUACAAGAAGUUCCCAAUGGUUCAAAUUGUGUGGUGGAAUCAGAAGAUCCUAAAGAUUGGGCCAAUGCAAUCAAAGCUGUUCGGAAGAAAAAAAGGAAGCUGCGACUGAGAGAGGCCAAGCUUCUUCAAGGAGAGUAUGCUGAGGUAUACAGUUGGCAGGAUCACUGUAAUAGACUUGUGGAACGAAUGCUUGCCAUUUCUCAAGGUAACAGGCUCACUUUUUAAUUCAAAUUGGUCUUGGUAUUGUGUAAUCUGCUGUCAUUAGGAAAUGUACAUUUGUAAGUUCACGCAAUUACAAUGACAGCAUUAUAGUGAAAACUUCACAACAACAAAUUUAUCAAUCUCUUUUUAAUAACUCCACCAGAGAAAUCCGCCUACAUGUGUAUUUGCCAAUUUCAAAGAGUUUCAAAAUCGCGAUACCUUUCAAGGUCUUAUUCCCAACCCUGAGGGUCAAAAGUAACGAAUUAUUAAUUUCUACAUUUGUGAUUUUUGUAAUGUAGGUCCAAGUGCAGAUGAGCAGAAUUUAUCUAAGAAAGCCACUGUGAUCUGUCAUGAGGAAAAGCCCUCUCCAACUGAAAAGCAUCUUUAUAAAGGUACACUUGAAUCUUAGAAACAUGAACAAUAUGUCCACAAGAGCAAUUCAUUGGUUUCUAUGCAGGAAGGUCUGGGAGAUGUACUUAUUCCUUGUGGGGAUGUUAAAUAACUAAGAAAUGGUCGAAGCAUUGGACGAGACUCGUUUAAGACUGACUUACAGUACAAAGUCAAAACGUUUUCACACUGGCUACAGGUUAACAAUGUUAGAUGCCGAGAAAUAAUACUCGCUUCAGGUUUACGUUUUUCAUGCUAAAUAAGGUAAUGGACCUCAGCAUAAGGAAAUUGUAUUUUAUCAUAGAGGCUUGGUUGUUGUGAAUAGCUUAUUCUAAGUUAAAGUUUCAGCUUGGGACUUCUAAAUGCUGACCAUUGCCGCAUUGUAGAGGUGAUCAGUAACAAUAGACCUCUUUAGCUUGUAGGUUUUGUUUUCCCAUUGCAGGUCAUGUGUUAAUACUCUAGAGAACUGUUUCUUUCAAAUUACAUCUUAUUCACAUGCAAACAUGUAUCUACGCAUAAAAAGAGACAAAGAGGCAAGUUCCCGUGGGACCUCUACUGGAAAAACAAAACAUACAAGCUCAAGAGGGCUAUUGAUCACCCAAUGGUAAUCUGGAUUUCAGAAUCUGGAAUCUGGAAUUCGGGAAUUUUUUUGUGGAAUCCGGAAUCCUUGGCCUUGGAAUUUAACGAUUUGAAUCCUAAAUCCAUUACCUGGAAUCCGGAAUCCCCAGUGUGGACUCCAGAAUCCAAGUCUUUCUUGCUCUGUGUUUUUGGUUGAUUAGUUCAAUUCAACAGAGCUUUGUAGCGUCUGGAAAUUACAACGUUCAGGGCUCGAACGCGUGACAGGCCUUUUUCAAGCUUCGUUAAUAGAAUGGCCACACAGAUGUGGCUAGUUCGUAGAAUGUUUUCUUUUAAAAAAAUGCAAAUAUAAUGGAUAUGAGGAUUGAAUAUCAGUGUAUGUAGCGUAAAGCUAAAAAAUAAUAUUGGGGAAAAAUACAAAAACAAUAUUUGAUUUGAUUUUAGGCUCGGCAAAGAAACGCCAGUCUUCCAAGAAAGGCAAAAGGCCGUUAUCUUCAAGUAACAUUCCAGUUCCAAAGUACCCAAGGCUAUUGAAAGAUGAAGGUAAGGUUUGUUUUUGUUCAAGUUUGAAUAAGGGUUGGUUGUUUCUUUUCAUGUAUAUUGUAUAUGUACAACCAUCUUAGUGGGGAAGAUGUUUUUCCGCAGUCUGUGAUACAGGCGGCUCGUAAAAAAAUUCAAAUACUCCCCGAAUAGGAGUCGAACUUAUGAGGUUCUGGUUGCCAGUCCAGAUUCUCUACCACUAAGCUACAGGAGACUUGUGGGAGCUAAGGACACUAAACUAGGUUCACGUGACAAGCAUCCUGAAAACUGAUCCAAGGACUAUAGGACUAGUAUCACACACUACAUCGGAAGUAACACAAAGUGGAUGAUUUUGUGUUCCUUGAUUGAGGCUUUAUGAUGCUCGUACGGCCCUGCUUCCGGUUUGAAGUUGGGCUCUCACAAGGCUUGAGUCGCUCUCAUUCACGCUUGGAGCAGAUUGUACGCUUUCCACGUCUGACCCACUCUCCCAAUUUCGAAACGUCCUUCCUAACACCCUCAAGCUACAAUAAGGCCAAUUUAGAAUUUUGAGCAGACUUUGGGCCAAAACGUAGUCAAGUCUCGCUACAGUUGCUUGAGUGAAGGAUUAUGCAUGGUCAACGGUUUAGUUCCCAACUCAGUGUUUUUUGUUUUUUGUUUGUUUGUUUGUUUGUUUUUGCGUCGCUACCAGAGGCACAGCAUAAAAAAGUUUCCUCUUGGUUUAUUUGUUUGUUCUCUGUUAAGAAGUUUUCCAUCUGAAGUUUGUUAACUCUGACAAGAUAAACGAAGCCUUUCUGACAGUUAUGACAUUUGCCUAAAGACUUUGAUGGAUCACCAAUGAUGUGUUACAAAAGCAAAAUCUUUAAGGCGACGUAAUUUUACAAAGAAUGCGUUUUACGUGUAAAUGUGGGAGGAGAGUAAUUGUGGCAGUAUACUUUAGAACUUUUUGAUUUAAUCCCAAUAUGAUAAAGAAGUUAGUUUUUGUGGUGCUGUAUCAAGCAGUGAGGAAAUAAAACACAGGAAUUCGGUAUUAACUAAUAAGUUAAAAAAUUUAGUUCGAGCUCCAGCCGUCCGAUAGUUACUGUUCCUUAGCUUUCCUUAUUCAACGUUAUCUUGUGAAGCCUAUCUACGCACAGCCAGAAAGAGCAAAUAGUGAGUUCACUAACGGUGACCUUACGCAAAAGAAAGCCGAAGGAAAGAAGAGAGCAAACCUUGAGUGACAAACGUGUCCAUAAUUUGUUUGAAAAUUUUUCCGCCAAAGUUGACUUUCCUUUAAACACAUCUCAGUUUAAAAGACCAGAAUACUUUAUCGGUAAAUGAAAAUCACGACAAAACUCGUAAUUGAUAAUCCAUUCACGUUUGUCACACAGAAACGUUUUGCCGACAUCUUAGUCUUUCUGUCGUCCUUUUGCGUAAGCUCCUUAAUUUUAAGGAACAACGGUAAAGAUUUUCAGGUGGUGUAUAUAUUUUGACUUACUCACAAGCCACUGAAGGUAGAAAGAAUUUUCGGUCAUUCUACUGAUCAAAUGAAUGAGAG